AUGCAACAAGGACCGCGGCAGCACCAAGAGCAACAUCACUUACAAUUUUCGCUGGCCUCCCUGGGUGCACUCACUUCUUACUGGACAUCACGAGCACCGCUGGCGUUUGUCGCGGCUCAGCCACGCUGCCGCAUCGCAGCAGAGGCGCGCAUUCUUGGGACGAACAGCUACGAUGGUGUCGAGAGCGAGUAUGAGGCCGUGCGGACUGACUGGGCACGUCGGGUGCCCUUCGGGGACUGGUGGGUGUCCGACUUAGCGGAACGUGUCAUGCCGUCGGAGCGGAGACUUGUCAGCGAGGUGCGCUUUGUAGACGCUGCGGGGGAUACCGUGGACGACCCUCGCCAGUAUUCCGAUGACGCUCUGAACAUACUCCCUGCCACUGCGAGUGCGGUGCUGCGAGGAAGAGAGCGCCGCCGCGUCGUUUGGCCUCAUUUACCGAGUGCCAGUGGCGCGUCACCGUGGUGGCAUACACUGCCGCAUUUCCCUGCUCGCACUUAUUUUGAGCACAAACAGCAGCGCAGUGUGACCACUUCCGCUGCCAUGGCAACAGGGACUGUGCCGUCUGGCCUGGACAACCAAGGUUCUCUGCGCGACUUCUCCUCCCUGCCUGACUACCCCUACACAGGCACGAGCUUCCACUCUGCAGCCAUGAGGGCCGGCUACCUGGGCGGUGUCCUGGUGGGCCACCUCGUUUCCUUCUUGGUUCCAUCCACCGGGUCUGAUGCUGAGCAGUAUACCCCCCACCGCCCUUCGGCUGUCCUACCAAGAGCUGAUGCUGCAGUGCAGGGGGGUGCGCGGCUACCGUGGCGGCGCGUGCUCCACUGGGAGGUAGGCGUAGAGUGGGAGGAGGAUCAUCGGCGCAAGCACGCAGCCACCUCAAUGCACCGCAAAAGCUCUGAGGACGAGACACCAAAGUAUCAGAAGAAGAGUCAUUUUGGGGGCAGUUGGAUGCACUCGCACUGGUGGUUCAACCGCCCUCUGGUGUUGGGGCAAGUUUUCGUGCCCCCUUCUCGCCUGCCGAGGCCCCAUUCUGCCCACGAAGACGUCCGUAGCCACAUCGGAGGCGAUUGUAUUCGCCAAGUCUCGCAUGAUCUGACGUGUGCAGCGGCAGCAGCUCCACCGUCGACGUCGCUCUACGCAUAUGGUGGCCAUCCCGCUUCUCUUCCCUUGAGCAUGGCGGAGGGGUGCAGUGCUUGCACUUCGUGUUCGACUCGAGAGCGAGAGACGACAGUGACCACUGCUGCAGUGCCAGAAGGGGUUACUAGACGGUCGGACACGCUAUCAUCCUCUCCUGUUCAGGGUGGGCAGCAGUCUCGCCAGUGUUGCACCGCUUUCCUGUCAGCCGUGCAUCUUUACGAGUGCCGAGCGCCGCCGGCUCUGCCGUCGCUAUUUGUACCUGCGACCUCUAACAGCAUGGCGCAGUGGUGGAGUGGGUUCCUGCGCUGUCCAUGUUGUGCCCAUGUGCGAAUACUAGACCUCAACCUCGAGGGUACCCAGACCAGAAAACUAGAGGGCUGGGCAACGGUGGUCGUGCCUGCGAGCUCAUCUGGGCAAGCGGCUGGGGAGGCUCCACCUCCGUCCGCAUCACAGUCACCGAGGGAGCUCGAUUUUCAAGUCAGCGACGAAGGCAAUGCACCGUCGAGUGCGCCCUCACGACGGCCUCUGCUGGAGUGCCGCCAGCCGCAGCCGCACACCAUAGCCAGUGAGGCAGAUUGUGCUUCCCCUGCAAGCCUUCACCUCCGGCCAUCACUAUUGCGAUACCUCACUGAGGUGCACCUCAUCUCAUCCACGACGCUGCAUGACGUCAGCUUCCUCGGUGAGCUUCCCGCUCUCCGUCUCGCUGAUGUCAGCUUCAACCCGAGUCUCACCGAUGCCGGCGUACGUGGCCUGUGCCAGAGCACGUCACUGCGUGUGGUUGAUGUGAGUUACUGCCCUCAUGUGGAUGCAGCCGCCGCAGAUCUAGUUCACUGCCUUGUGGAGUUGGAAGAGCUCUACCUCUCCGGAACGGGGCUAACAGAUGCAACGCUGCGGACCGUGCUGCUUCACUUAGGUUUCAGUGGAGGCACCCCGCAUGAUGCACUGCUCGUCACUGAAGCCGGAAUGCCGGCGUCAAGACAAGCACGUCAUUCAUCCAAGCCCAACAGCGGAAAAUGGAUGCGUGUCCUGCAUGCAUGUGCGUGUCGUCGGCUGCGCAAUCCCCACAGAGUCCUCGCUUCUAUCGCUUGGGUACGACGGAAUCAAAUGAGGCAAAGGGGCAGCAGUGGUGAGUUUCACGGGCAGAGCUGUUGGACAGGGCUGCAGGAGCUGCGCGUUUCUGCCGUGGGCGAACGUCACCACGAGUCAGAUCAAAGCCGCAGCCACAGCAGCGACCACAGUGGAACUCAGAGCGAGGAAAGCGACAGUGAAGUCGGUGCUGCUACUGAGCGCGUGGCCGAUGCAUUGGAUGAAGGUGCAGGGUUAGUGCCAAGUCUGCUAGAAGGAGGCCAGGAGGAGGCGGUACCUCCAACUCCUGGCGAGCCUCUGACCGUCGUGUCGCCAUCUCUCCUUCCAUCGGAAGGCACCGCAGCAAGAGUCGAGGGGGCCGGCGCAGCAGCAAAGGUGAUGCCUGCGGCUGACGUGCCUGAGGUACUGACCAGGCCCCCUUUUCACCUCUGGGAACGUCUUACGACGCUUGUCUUCACAGACAUCAAGUUCAGGUGCGCUCUCGGAGACGUUAGCCAGCUUCCUUCUCUGCAGUGCCUUGCUCUGUGGCGCUGCUCAGUUGAGGAGGAGGAGCCGCUUAGUGUUCGUGAGGGGGCUUAUCGGCCGUGGCUCAGCGGUCUCGAGCACAGCGCACUUCUCCACACGGUGCAUCUUGACGGUUGCAGCGCGAGCGCCAUUCGCGAUGCCGGUAGUCUGCAGGUUCUUGCUCGGUUGCCAUCUCUGCAGAACAUCUCUUUCUCCCACACAGGUAUCCGAGACGCCGACCUCGACGCGUUCGUGGCAGCUUUGUGCCAGAACGGCGCCACGUCACCGCAGUACCCGUUUCACCGGCUUUGCCUCCGGGCGUGCGGGCGCAUCUCGCACGCCAGCGCCGUGGCCCUCUUGUCCUCCAUGCGCUCCCUCGACCUCAGUGAUACAGGGGUGCGGCAGGAGGUGUUGAAUGCGCUAGGGGAAUUAUCUUGGGUACAACGCAGCGGUGGCUCGCAUGCGCUGCAAGUGCUGAACUUCUCUGCAUGCUGGCUUAUUGUGGACCUGAGCCCUGUAGCUCACCUACGACACCUGCGCUGGCUCGACGUGAGCCACACACCCGUGACUACAGCUGGGGUGGCGGCGCUGCGCUUCUGCUCCGCACUGACACACCUGAAUCUGAAGAACUGUGCUGGGGUAAGCCACUUGCGCGAUGUCAUGGCGAUUGCCACGCUGCAGGUGCUCAACGCUCAAGGAUCAGGACUGUACGACGGCGACGAUGAGGAUGAGGAAGAGGGCAGGGAUGUCAUUACAGGGGCAAGCCGAGUGGCAGAACAUAGUGAAGACCGCAGCUUCACGCCUGGAACGCCACUGUGCAAUUUCAUCAUUCCGCUCCCUCACCAUGACGGUGGCCGCCCUUCUCCAGCGCGCGGCAGGAGCCGUCUCGCUGUCGUUGACGUUUUCCCGGGCGAUGACGUGGUGCUCUACACCUCUUCUCUCCACACGCUGCUGCUGUCCCACACACGCGUGCGACGCAUUCGGCGUCUGGGCCUGCUGCCGUCGUUGAUGUGCCUUGACCUGAACAAUACGGCCGUAACGGAUGCAGAGCUGGUGAAGUUCGUCUGCACUGGCGUGAGGGCGGCUGACAAGAGAGCAUCAGACGCAAGGUUGGGACUGGCACAAACUCCACCGACGGUCGUUCACACCCUUCACGCGCUGCGCCUCAACGAGUGCUUUGGUCAAGGUCGCCGCGGUCCACCUCUGCGGCUCCUUUCGCUACAAUUUUGCCGUGGCAUUUUCACUGUCGGCGUGCUAGGCUUGUGCCCGCACCUGACGAAGCUAGACGUGUCUUCCAGUAACGUGACCAGCCAAGGGCUUCACGGCUUGCAUCGCAGCACAAGCCUCGUGCAGAUGCGCCUGCUUGCCUGCAAAGGUGUGCAUGACAUACGCGCGUUGCAGCUCAUUCCAAGCUUGGUGGAGGUGGAGGGCAGUGGAUGCAAUGUGCAUAGCGGCCGCAUCACAGGCACUGGCGUGCGUGGUGGAAGUGGGGUUCAUGCUGCUGCAGGUGCGGCUGGUGAUGGAGAGAAGAGAGGAGCUGAGGCCAACGAGAGCAGAGGGUGCUUGUCUCCGCCGCCUCUGUUUGCCCACGGUGGGGACGUACCAGUUAUGACUCCUCCACUUGCGCACUCGGACCUUCUCCAGGAGAGCGGCUUAAAGGCCGACGACAUCGCAGCAGUGCGACGUGUGACAGAGGGCCUUCCACUUUCCAUGGCCUCGUUUGUCCAGGGGAGCGCUUCCCUCUCUUGUUUGCCUGUGCUCGCCUGCGGUUUUCAGAGGGUCGUGCUGGAUGGCUGUGUGAACAUCCGUAGCUUUGUAGAGCUCAGUGUGCUCCCGUCCUUGCUGGAGCUUUCCCUCUGCAAUUGUCGUGGCAUUACAGCUGCGAGUGUGGCCGAGCUGAUCCCACUGUCGCAGGGUUGCCCAAGGGAAUCCGGUACCGCCUCGCCUCAAUCGCCUGCAGUCUCGUCGGUGCUGCCACUCUCUGCACCGUUUGCUGCCUUGCAGACUUUGCGCUUCUCGUCGUGUCGGAACCUCACUGGAUCCUUGGCAGGAUUGGAACAGCUUCCGCAACUGCGCUGCGUGCAUGUCGACCGAUGCGGCAUCACGAGUGUGUCUGAGGUCGUACCGGUCCUUCAGAAUCGCGUCGUGCUCUAG